AGGGCGGGAUUUCCUCUUGUCAAAUUGAAUUCAUAUGAUUACUAACCCGCUUCUAAAUUCACAGACAGCUCUGUUUACCAAUAAUGGACGAAUAAGGAUGGUUUAUAACUAACCCAUGGGACACCUUCGGUGAUUACUGGUUACUCAACUCUAUGAGAACUCUGCGGGUGUAAGAGCAACAGACAUUAUCCACCAUCUCACCCACACAAAUCAACAUGACCUCCCAGCAGGCCAACCCUUUGCCGGCAUUCAAGAGCCCCGCUGACCUCAGUCUGGACUACUUCUCCUGGGACCUUCGCCUCCAGAUCAUCAGCCUGGGCUUUGCCUUCUACACUGCCAUUUUCCUCCUCUCCCACCUGGUGUCCACAGCCCUCUCCCAGACCUACCACUCUCUGCUGGCCAAGGAGAAGGUGUUCUGGAACCUGGCGGUCACACGGGCCGUAUUUGGCCUCCAGAGCACGGUGGCAGGCUUACGAGCUCUAACCGAAGACUCGGCCUUGUCAAGGGACAGGAUAAGAGGUCAGGAGGACUGGUCGUGGUUCACCGUGCUCACCGCCACGGGCUUCUUCCUGUUUGAGAAUGUGGCGCUGCAUCUCUCCAGUGUGGUGUUCAAGUCCUUCGACCUCGCUCUGGCUACCCACCAUUUCUUUGCCCUGUCGGGGUUCACUGGGGCUGUGGUCUGGGACUCACUAGGGCAUUACCUGCCAAUGGUCACUCUGCUGCUGGAGAUGAGCACGCCUUUCACCUGCAUCUCCUGGAUGUUACUAAAGGCGGGCUGGGCAAGGACCCUCUUCUGGAAGGCCAACCAGUGGGUGAUGAUCCACAUGUUCCACUGCCGCAUGGUGCUUACCUACUACAUGUGGUGGGUGAGCUGUAGUCACUGGGGGGAGAUGAACAUGUACGUGGCUCUGCCCCAGCGAGUCCUCUUCUACACUGGCCUGGCCCUGCUCACAGUGCUUAUCAACCCCAUCUGGACACACAAGAAGACCAUGCAGCUUCUCAACCCUGUCGACUGGAACUUCAGCAACAAGCCAUUGCCCAACGGCUCCAGUGGAGAACGGGAAGAGAAACCUCAUGAGAGCUAAACUGAGCCAAGGACUGUGAUCCUGUUUUGUACAGUUAUCUUUCUUUUACUAUGCUUGUAAAGGAGAGGAAGUGUGAUUCAAAGUGAGAAAUAGUCUAACUCUGGCUUUUAAGUUUGUAAUGGAGAGGAAAGACUAUUUUAAAUACUAUUUUCUUACUAACUCUGGCUUUUAAGUUUGUAAUGGAGAGGAAAGAUUAUUUUAAAUACUAUUUUCUUACUAACUCUGGCUUUUAGUGUUUGAAGUAUUUCAAGUUUAACUGAACUACUGUGUUUUUAAGGUUCUCAGUAUAGGUCUGUUGUCUCUACAAGACGUGGGUGAAAGGGCCUUUGACGACAAGAAAUGUCAUAGGUGAAUUUAGUUUUAUAGUAGAAAAGUGUUGGCCUGACCCGUAUACUGUUGGUUAUUCACCGGUUUUGAUAGUGUUGCUUUGAGUGGGAGUGCAGAUGAACAGAGAGAAAGGCAUAUUAUUGUUCUGUCUACUCAGUUCAGCUUCCAGCAGAAAGGUGUGAAUGUACUAGUUAACCUCUCUGGAAUGGGGUGUUGGCUUGUUUGAAGUUCCCUGAUGCGCCAGUGGUCUUUGCACUUACUGGUAAAGUGUGUGUGGUCACUCAAACACUAUGUGCUGAGCAAAGACCAGUCCAUGAGGCAGCAGAUUUACUCGCUGAGAACAAACUCAGUGACAGACUGAGACUGGAGACUGGGUCACGAUUUGGCAGAUGAGGAAAGUCUAACAGCUUUCGAAUGUCAUUGAAGGCAAGCAACUUCUUUCUGUAUUGUAAAACAUGCUUUCUGACUUGCUUCAGAGUAGACUGUAAUGUGUGCUGGUAGUGUUGUGUGCUCUAGUUGAAUCUUGAACAAUUAAUUUAAUCUUGAGAAAAUGGUUCCUGUAUUCUGUGGAUGUCUGAGUCGUAUCUUUGAUAGUGGGGUUGACUUAAUAGUAUAGACUCCUAGUAGACUCUCUAAACGUGUGACAGUGGAUGCUAAGAGAGCUGUGAGAAGCAGUGUUGUUUUCAGCGGUGGUCACCAAAGGGAGUGGAUAGACUCCGAGGUGGCAGGGUAGCCUAGUGGUUAGUGUUGGACUAGUAACCGGAAGGUUGCAAGUUCAAAUCCCCGCGCUGACAAGGUACAAAUCUGUCGUUCUGCCCCUGAACAGGCAGUUGACCCACUGUUCCUAGGCUGUCAUUGAAAAUAAGAAUAUGUUCUUAACUGACUUGCCUAGUUAAAUAAAGGUAAAACAUAUAUAUAUAAAACAAGCACCACGGUGCAGGCCAAAUGGAUGGUGAUGUCUUCCUUUUGUUACUUAACUCUCUCUACCGCUGAUCUGUCGGAAAAUGAAGUUGUUAUACUGUACUUCACAAAUCCUCUCUUGACUUGAGAGGUGUGGAAAAUAGAAUAAGAAUAUAUCAAUGCUACAAACAACUUAUGACACCAAGGCAUUACACUGGUGUGCAUCACGGUGAUGUCAUUAUACAUUUUGAAUAGCUCCCCAUGUGUUUAUGCUAGAGACGUACCAUUUCUUGCAGUGGCUGCAGCUCAAUCCCCUCUUUCUUCUGAUCUAUAAAGCUUAUGCCCAUUCCAUAAUAUGGGGUUUGUGAUAGUGGUAUUUCUCUACACAAAGGAUCCAGACAAGAAAAUAGUCACGGAAUCAUCUGUAAAACCCGUACUGUUUGAGCUACAAACUAAAAAGUCACCCCAUGGAAAGAUGAGACUUUCAUGAACACGACGGUGUCAUAUGUUUUGCCCUUUGUCACACGCUUCAGGAGAGUCGUCUGAAGGUAACCCUGGACCGGCCUGUAAAAAUGGCCCAACGUGCUUUGGGUUCAAAUUUUCACUAAUAAAGUGACCAAACAUGGGUCAAAUUUUUUAUGUCUCUCAGAUAUAGGAAAAAUACUUCAAAACCUUAGUCCUUUUGACGGUGUUUUGCGAUGUACAAAUGUGUUAUUCAAUGUGUUUUUUUAUGGGCUAUAGCAGUAAAGGCCAAAUUCAAUGUUUUAAUUAAAUAAUUUAUAUAUACAGUAUUUAUACCUACAUGGGUCCUAAAAUUCCAAAUCAAAUGGUUAAAUGAUACAUUUUAUGGUCAUCUUUUAAAACAAUUCCAUAUGUUAGCUUAGUAGAUAUUGCGAUCUAAGGGCUCAGACCCACACUGGUUAAACACACUUUCAUUCUCAUCUAGAUGCUUUUUAGGAAAUGGUUAGGUUCAAUCUGCUUUGCUUCAUAGGUUCGUGUUAUGUCUAAUUCUGUUAAUGUAUUUCAUUAGACAUUUUCACACUCAGUAUUACAUUAGUCAUAUCCUAGAACUCUGCUGGUGUUGGUUAGAAAGGAUAGGGUAUUACAAGUCAUUCACAUGGGAAAACCUCAACAUUCAUUACAGUAUUUUCAUAGUCUUAAGUAAUGAGUUUGUAGUUGAUUCUUUUGGGUUAAGUGGUUCGAGAUGAAAAGGGGGAACAGGCAUCAUUUCUUGUUUAGCUUGCUUUUAUUACAAUAGAUUAUUGAAUUCAAAUAGAGGCACGACUGAAGGCCUUCAUAGCCAUAAUUAACCUAAACUUUACUAUAUUUUUAAAAUCUUUUUUUGAAUUCAGGUUUUAUUAUUAAGCUUAUGAAGUAAGUCUUGUUGUUUAGUUGACAUGUUUGCCUGGCAUUAAGAAUAUAGCAAUACAAUAAAGAAAAUGUACACAGUAGCUUUAUUUUAGUUGGUUGAUGCCAGCUUUAACCAAAUACAAUGGAGUUAUUUAUGGGUUCCAAACUUGAUUAUUUGUAUUUCCAGUGGGAAUUUUGUCAUUCUUUCUUUAAAUGUUUUCUACUAUGAUUCAGUCUAAUUAGUUCUGAGCUUGUAUAUUAACAGUGUUGGAUUUGCUAUUAAUUUCUACUAUUGUCUGUCAGUAUGAAGUUGUGUGAUGGACGCUCACACAUUGAUAGUGUCAUUUUCUCAGACUACCACUCAAAUCUGUUCACUUUAACAUGAGCUGUCAAUAAAACCUUUAACAUCCUC